AAUUAUAGCACACAUAGCUCAUAAGAUAGAGAACUAGCUAGUCUCCAUGGCUCAGAGUCUGAUAUCAGUACUUUCUCUUUGGCUCGUUGUAUUUCUGGGUUGCAUUGGUUUGCUUGAAUGUUCUCAACCAACUUUGCCUGCCAUUUACGUGUUUGGUGACUCCACAGUAGAUGUUGGAACUAACCAGUACUUGCCUAAAGCUGAAGCAAGGGCCGACCACCCUUUUUAUGGGAUUGAUUUUCCUCACUCUACAGCGACGGGAAGAUUUAGCAACGGCUUGAAUAUUGUUGAUUAUCUUGCCAAGUUUCUGGGUUUCGAGCUGAGUCCGCCACCUUUUCUCUCUCUUUUGGACAAGAAGGAGGGAAUUUACGGGAAGAUCAUUUUGCUAAGUAAAGGAGUCAAUUUCGCUUCCGGAGGUUCAGGAAUUCUGGAUGAAACUGGAAAACGAAAGUGGGGAAAUGUCGUCGCCCUUGGAGAUCAGGUCCAGCAGUUUGCAAGAGUACAUGACAUUAUAUCAAAAUUACAGGGUGAGGGUGGAUUGGCUAAUAUAUCAAAGUCUUUCUUCCUCAUCAGCGUCGGAAGCAAUGAUAUCCUCGAACAUUUUCUUACUAACCAAUCUACUUCUGCAAAACUGAAUAUCGCCACUCUCAUGUCCACUUAUGAAAGUCGAUUAAGGAACCUAAUUGACCUUGGAGCCAAAAGAUUUGGGAUUAUUAGUGUUCCCCCAGUUGGUUGCGUCCCAUUGGUGCUUAAUUCUACUCAAGAUGGUAGCUGUUCUGAGCCCGUGAAUCAAUAUGCCAUAUUGUUUUAUAAGGCACUUCAAGGAGUCUUGCUGAAGUUAAGCGCAGAAUGCCAAGAGAUGAAAUAUGCACUUGCAGAUGCAUAUACAAUGACCACACUCAUCAUAAAAGACCCUAAACAAUUUGGGUUUGAGGAGGCGACAAAAGCUUGUUGUGGAAAAGGAAAUUUUAAUGCAGAGCCAUGCACACCAGAAUCGGAUUUGUGUAAAGAUCGCGAUGUCUACUUGUUCUGGGAUCAAUACCAUCCAACACAAGCUGCGUCUCAUCUUGCAGCUCAAACUCUUCAUGCUGGUGGUGGAUUCGUGGCACCCAUGACUUUUGGUCAAUUGGCCUCACUUGCAUGAUUUAGAUCUGUACCUCGAUAUAAUUAAGAAGAUAGAUUUCUUAAUGUUUGAUUCAUAUAUAACCAUGCACGUGUCUUUCUGUUUGGUUGUUCGACCUUUUGACCAACAUUUUCAUGUUACUAGUGUAAAAUUAAAAAUAAAGAUAUAAAGAAGAU